AUGAAUAAAAAAUUACAGGUGGAGGUGUAUAUACCAGUUUUAGAUAAUAUUAUUAGUGCAUUUAGUGAUCGUUUCGAUGAAAAUACAGUUCAAAUUUACAAAUGUAUGGGAUAUUUUAGCGUUAAAAGUUUAUUGACAUCUCACGACAUACAGCCAAGUGAUAUAAGUGCAUUAUGCAAUUUUUAUUCAUUGGAUAAAUCAUCGACAGCAAAAGAAUUAAAUGAAUUUCGAAAAUAUUAUAAAUCUGCUGAGAAAUUUGUUGAUGUAUCAAAUAUGUUGCCAACCAAAUAUCAAAAAAAUUACGUCGAUUUCGAACGUCAAUUUGUAAGGAAGCAAUGUGGCAUAUAUGAUGAAAGUAAUGAGGGGGACGAUGACAACAACGAGAAUCAAGAUCCAGAGGACGAUGAAAGUGGAACUGAGAAACAAGUUGACACGAAAGAUCGUUCAAAAAAUGAAAUAACGGCUAAUUCAGAAAUUAGCCGUUAUUUAUUCAGAAACUUAGCUAAAGAAAAUGCGUUAUACGCUUAA